CCGAAUUGUGCUCCAGCCCCCAGGCGCUCCUUUUUCCCCUCACUCUAGUCCUCUGCUCCGCCACCAGGGGGUGGUGGCGCACCGCCAUUGAACAAAACCCCUCAACACAGAUCGGAAACCAAGCCGCCGGCAUGUCGUCCUCCAACGACGCCCCCGUCAGCCCUCGCUCCCAGCUCGUGCUGAGCUGCUUCGAGGAGCUCCUCGACUUCGCGGUGGCGGACGUGGCGUCGGAGUGCCACCGCAUCGCGCGCCUAGGCCUCGACCGCAGCGUCGACGCCGAGGAGGAGGAGCUCCGCCUCUGGGCCGCGCGCGUCGCCGGCGACCACCCCGGCGCCGAGGACGGGGCCACCCGCGCGGCCGGGGGAGGAGGGGGGAACAAGGGCGCGCCCGACGUCUUCGGGCAGACGCACCCCGCCAUCGCCGCCGACGUCGUCGACUGCAUGAACUGCGGCCGCCCCGUCGUCGCCGGCCGCUUCGCCCCGCACCUCGAGAAGUGCAUGGGCAAGGGCCGCAAAGCUCGCGCAAAGACCACGAGGAGCAGCACAGCUGGACGGAACAGAAACAGCAAUGGGGAGGAGCAUAGCAACCAUACAUUCCAGGAGUCCUGAUCGCAAGCUGUGCUCCUGCCAUGUUAUCGGUGCCUGAGCACCGUGCGAGGGCGAAGCAUGUCGCCUUGAUCAAUGUGGCUUGCAUGCUACUAUCUGUUGCCGAGUCCUCUGUAUAUUAAGGCUUAAGAGUGUUUUGUUUAUCAAGUGGAUUCUUGGCCGUCCUGUAUAGCUAAGUCCUUCCAGUAAGUAGUAAUACAGUUCGUUCCAGCACCAAGUUAUUUGGUCUGGUGUGUAGUUUUGGGGCUGCUGUGUUGCCAUAUCCCUUUUUUAAAACUGGGUCCGCCAGGGGAUUUGAUCACUGGUUCCCUGGUCGAACCUCUGGUCUCGAUGGUUUGGCAGAGAGAAUGCGAUCACAAAGAAGAUGCAAACACAUACAGUAUGCACAUGUCUACAUGUUCCUUAUGCCCUGUACAAUGCAAGUUGCUCAGGGAAGGUGCUUUAAGAAAUAAAUCAUUUUUCCAUAA